AAUGCAGAUGAAUGCAGACGUGAACGGAUUUAGUGGAUUGAAUUGAAAAUUAUUAUGCUUUGUUAUUUAUCUUUGAAAUAAUUUUAUAUAAACGUGUGUUCUUCCGUUUGUCAACAGUUUCUGACUGGUAAAUGGUAACAGACCAUGAAAAUGUGAGAUUUGAAGAAAACAGACUACAGAGCUAAAAAUAUCUUGACGUGCCCGACUUCUGAAUACCAGACUUGACCAUUGUUUGACCUCGGACCAUCCUACUUAUACCGUUAGACUGGUGAAGGUGAAGUAUUAUUCAAUUAAAAUGAGUAACUAUAACCAAAAUAAGGAAGACGUCCCUCCAUUUUCUAGGAUCUUUAUCGUUUGUAGUAAAGAGUUACGUGAACAGGACUUGCGGGCGCCCUUUGAGGAGCAUGGGGAUAUAGAGGACCUGUAUAUGCCCAGGGACCGAAACACUGGCGAUUCCAAAGGUGUGGCGUACAUCAAGUACUCUAAAACAUCUUCAGCCGCCGCGGCUAUACAUAAUCUACAUCUAACAACCAUCAAAAAUGUUAACAAGCCUAUUAAAGUCAUGGUGGCCAGUAACAAGAAUGAUAAAAAUGAUAACAGUCCAGAAAAACACAACCGCUUGUUUAUUAAGGUUCCAAGGCAUGUUACUGAAGAUGAUAUCACAGAGCAUUUCUCUAAAUUCGGUAAAGUAGAGUCUGUUUAUCUCCAAAAAGAUAAAACUACCAAUGAAAGUAGAGGCUUGGCUUAUGUGCAGUUUAAAAGCUUUCUUGAUGCAGCCUUAGCUUUUGAAGAAUGCGACAGGCAUUAUAAAGCAGUAUUUGCUACACCUAAACAAGAACUGAAAAGAGGUAGAGAUGGCCAGGACUUCUAUAAUGAAGGUAUACAUUCAAGUAACAAUAGUAUACAUAAAGACAAUACAAUGGAUUUUUAUAAUUAUAGAAAUGAUAUGCCUCACCAUAAAGAUGGUAUUAACUCACUGAUCAGAACUCCUCCACAGAACUACAGAUCCGUGUGUGUCACAUGUACUCCAGUUGUGUCUCAGAAGCACAUUGAAAGACUCUUUGGUAUUGUACCUGGUAUGCAGCAAUGUCAGUUCACAAUGGAUUCCUACAAUGGGUACAGCAAAGCUUUCAUCUCCUAUGAAGAUGAGAGAGCUGCGGCAUAUGCUGUGGAAAAACUGAACAAUUACGAAUUCCCUUCUGGAGAAAUUGUUACUGUUAAACCGGACAAUCCAUUGAGCUCAGCGGCAAAUAAUUUGACAUCUAUUGUCAACAGCUUUAAAAAUGCAGUUGAUUCCGGCAGUCCUGAUUUGCUGCAACUUGCAGAUGCAAUAGCUCAGGCAUCAACAUUGAUUAAAGCAGCUACUACUGGGAGGAUGGACAUGAGAGUAGAUCCUCCUUCAAACUCAAGACAAGAGUUAAAUCAUUGCAGUGUGUCAUUGCCCCCUGUACAGCCUCUAGCAGGCCCUAAUUACCAAGUUGUUCAAAGAUGCUUUAUAGUCUGCAAACCGCAGCCUCCCCCCAAUCAUAUUUUAAUGGAUGUAUUUAGCAGGUUUGGGGAUCUCAUUGACAUUGCCACUUUCCCCAGUAAAACAUAUUGUUUUGCUAGGUAUGCUUCAGUAAGGGCAGCCCAAGAGGCCAUAGCCACUCUGAAUGGAGCUUGUGUUUAUGGUAUGAGACUUAAGGUUAUGGAAGCUGAAGAUAAACAUAACAAAGACAAUGAUCAAAAGAUGAAUGUGGACUCUGACCAGAAUGAGUUGAUGGACCAUGAUGGAGAUAGAAAAAGAAAGAAACUCAGUGACUAGACUACAAGUUGACUUUAUGGUUUAUAGCAUGGCUUGAUACUCAUAGUGAUUGGAACUGUCGUGGACUGCUUACUUGCACUGACUUGUUACUGAGUAGAUUAAGAUAUGACAACACUUUUUCUAAGUGGAACAAAAUAUUGUUUUUUAAAUUAAUAUAAUAAAGACUCAUUAAAACACUUCUAUCUUAA